AUGAUGUCGUCAUCUAUAUCAGAUACUGAAGAUCAAGCAACUUCUUCUAAUGCUUUUUUUCAUUAUAUUCCGACAAAAAUUGAUACGGAUCCAUUAGCAUAUCAUUCGAAUCCUGAAUCAAGUUUUUAUGUUAUUAAAAAUGCACAACAAUCAUCAUCUUCUUUUCCUUCUGCAAAUUCAAAUACACUAAGAGCAGGAAAUGCACGAACAUUAUUUACUGUUAUUCCUCCAAUGCCACAGGACACCGUGGCUAGACCUCAUACAUCUCAACAACGUUUAUUGAUUAAAGGCGGUCGUGUAGUUAAUGAUGAUGGAACAACACUUGCUGAUGUAUUUAUUGAAGAUGGUGUAAUCAAACAAAUUGGUCUUAAUCUUGUUGUUCCUGCAGGAACAAAAACCGUUGAUGCAUCAGAUAAACUGGUUAUGCCAGGUGGUAUUGAUACACAUACGCACUUUGAAUUGCCGUUUAUGGGUACACGAUCAGUUGAUGAUUUUCUUACUGGUACUCAAGCAGCUAUUGCUGGUGGAACAACAACUAUUCUUGAUUUUGUUAUUCCGUCAAAAGAACAAUCACUUGCUGAAGCAUAUACACAAUGGCGUGAAAGAGCUGAUGCUAAAGUUUGUUGUGAUUAUGGUUUACAUGCUGCUAUUACAACAUGGAAUGAUCAAGUUGCUAAAGAUAUGGAAACACUUACGAAGGAAAAAGGAAUCAAUUCAUUCAAAGUAUUUAUGGCUUAUAAAGGUGUUUUUAUGUUACAAGAUGAUGAAAUAUUUCAAGUUUUUGCUAAAUGUCGAGAACUUGGAGCUAUUGCAAUGGUACAUGCAGAAAAUGGUUCAGUUAUUACUGAAUUAGAAAAAGAAAUGUCGGUAUUAGGUAUAACAGGACCAGAAGGUCAUCUUCUUAGUCGACCAGAAAAAUUGGAAGCGGAAGCUACAAAUCGAGCUAUUACUAUUGCUGAAGAAACUCGAUGUCCACUCUAUGUUGUACAUGUAAUGAGUAAAACAGCUGCUGAUAAAGUAACCCAAGCUCGAUUAAAAGGUCAAGUUGUCUUUGGUGAACCUAUUGCUGCAAGUUUAGGUGCGGAUGGUUCUCAAUAUUUCAAUAAAUGUUGGCGUCAUGCAGCUGCUCAUGUAAUGUCACCACCUUUACGUGAUGAUGCAGAAACAGGUCCUUAUCUUAUGGAUCUUUUAGCUAAUGGUACAUUAUCAGCAACUGGUACAGAUCAUUGUACAUUUAAUGCAAAUCAAAAAGCUCUUGGCAAAGAUGAUUUUCGAAAAAUUCCAAAUGGUGUCAAUGGUGUUGAAGAUCGUUUAGCAGUUAUUUGGACUAAAGGCGUUGAAACAGGAAAACUUGAUGUCAAUCAAUUUGUUGCUGUAACAAGUUCAAAUGCUGCACGUAUAUUUAAUAUUUAUCCUAAAAAAGGUCGAAUAGCUGUUGGUUCUGAUGGUGAUUGUAUCAUAUGGGAUCCAAAAGCAUCGAAAACAAUUUCAGCAGCAACUCAUCAUCAAGCAUGUGAUUUUAAUAUUUUUGAAGGUUUACAAUGUCAAGGAUUACCAAUAGUUACAAUUGUUGCUGGUAAAAUUGCUUGGGAAAAUGGACAAUUAAAUGCUGUACAAGGUUCAGGCAAAUAUCUUAAUACUGCAUGUUAUGCUGAAUAUGUUUAUCAGAAAUUGAAUAAACGUGAAGAACUUCGUGAUCAGAAAAUGAAAGAACAAAAGAUUGAACGUGAACCAUAUACAGGUGAAGUAAUAGAUUUAAGUAAACCACAAGCGGAAACGAAAUCAAAAGAUCAACCAAUUCAAAGUAGUGGUGAGCCUAACGCUGCUUCCGUUGGCUUUCAUAAUAGGCCAGCCACGCGCGCUGGUGGACGAAAUCAACAAGAUUCAAGUUUUACAUUUUCAGGUGAUCAAUGGGAUGAUCGAAAUCAACGAAAAACAACUCGUGUUCAACAACCACCUGGUGGACAAUCAAAAGGUUUAAAAUAA